AUCGGUAAAUCGCCUCAGCCACGAAUCGGUCCCUGAGAAAAUGAUGUGGCAUCCUUCAGUGAUGAAAAACCUCACCGAGUCGUGAUGAGGUGAACCGGCGGCUGGAGCUCCAGCAGAGACGGACAGAGAGAGGGAGGGAGACAGAGAGAGGGGGAGAGAGAGAGACCACCAACAUCUCCAACAUCACCACUGUGCAGGGAAAGCGGCCGUCCCCUCAGAGAGACCAUCCCCGACGCCCACACUUCCGGACUGGAGCCUCUGGAGGCAGCUGGGUCGGGAUGCAUCCGUCUCCCGGUGCCGCUUGAGAUGAGGAUUCAGGACGACGUCCUCCCCGGUGAAACGACGAUGCUCGUUACGUUACAUUAGACCUGCCCGUUACGACCGGAUCAGAAGUGAUCGGCGCGUUAUUCGCUGCACACUCAAGAGGGGAUUCGGGCUUUAGCCAAUACUGUCUGUCUGCUGUCAACUGUUGCUUAUUUCCACUGUAAAUGAAUCUUAUAAGGUUUAUGAACAACCGUGUUCCUCCUAACAAGAGAUACCAGCCCACAGAAUAUGAGCAUGCUGCCAACUGUGCCACGCAUGCGUUAUGGAUAAUCCCCAGCCUGCUGGGCAGCUCCGUGUUGCACUUCCAGUCGGAGGACCAAUGGGAGCGUCUGUCGGCCUGGGUGUACGGGGCGGGGCUCAGCUCGCUCUUCAUCAUCUCCACCCUCUUCCACACUGUGGCCUGGAAGAAGAGCCAUCUGCGGUCUGUGGAGCACUGUUUCCACAUGUGUGACAGGAUGGUGAUCUAUUUCUUCAUUGCUGCCUCCUACGCCCCUUGGCUGAACCUGCGGGAGCUGGGUCCCUGGGGAUGUCACAUGCGCUGGCUGGUUUGGGUCAUGGCCUCUUUUGGAACCACCUACGUCUUCUUCUUCCAUGAGAGGUAUAAGAUCACGGAGUUGAUCUGCUAUACAGUGAUGGGAGUUUUUCCUGCCCUGGUCAUCCUCUCAAUGCCGGAGCAGUCGGGAUUGUGUGAGCUUCUGGUGGGCGGAGCCUGCUACUGUCUGGGGAUGGUCUUUUUUAAAAGUGAUGGCAUCGUCCCAUUCGCUCAUGCCAUUUGGCACCUGUUUGUAGCUAUGGGAGCGUCCAUACACUACUACGCCAUCUGGAAGUACCUUUAUGCCCAGCCACCCAAUCAGGUCCAGACAUCCAGAUGACAUCAGGGCUGAACUCACAGGAAGUAACUCCUGUGUUUGAGCAACUUUAAGGGGAUGAUCCGAGCUGUGUCCAAAUUCAUAGGCAGCUUCCUUUGGCUGAACCUCCUCCCCCAAAUAAACAGUGAAGCGUCACAGUGACAAAAACGGUGCAUUUAGGUGAUCCUUGUCAACUCGUAAAGCAAAAGAACAACAAAAACAUGUUCAUCAGCAAAGUUGCAACAAGUCGAAGAGUCUACAGCCAUGCUAGCUGCUCUGUUCAGAUGUAGUCUUUUCAAUUCAGUUCAUCAUGAGGGAGAAAUGAAUGCCUGUACUGAAACUAAUUUCAUGGCAAUCCAUCCAAUUGUUGUUGUCUAUGCUGCUAGCAUGGAUAAAGAACUAGUAGUCAAACUCGGGCAGGUUUAACGAUAUCUCAGUACUAUAAAGUACCUGUUGUGAUGGUUCACCUUAACAUAACUCCAAACAAUGGACUACAGUAUUGGUAAAUGUAUCCAUAUUGAUUCAUUUAUCUUUACUAUUUAUAUAAGUUAUGAGUUGAUGAGGACGCCUGAACGCACCAUUGUAGGACACCAUUGGAUUGUUGGACACCGUGGUGGAGACUGGAAAUAGUUUGCCAGUUGUUUCAGCCUGUUGUGAAAACUCCGGACUUCAAAUGAGGCAGCCUGUGAAUCAGGACACACCUUUUGUUUUUAUUUUGAACAGCCCGGUUUAGUUAAAUCUUAAGUUCAUUUUCGCAGGAACUUUGGUUUCAUUCCAAAGAUCAGGGGUUGAAUUACUAUUUAUGGAGAGUUCUCUCUAUGUGGUGCACAUCUAUAUUCAGUGUUUAGAAGCUGAAUGGAGACAUUGUCUUUUUGUCAAGAGGAGGACAAUGUUUACAAUUAGCUGACUCGACUGUCAUAAUUAGUUCCAGGACAUUAUUUAAAGUACUGUUAUCAUCAUUAACAGAAGGUUUUGGUUUGGUUAUAGUUAGGAGGUUGCAACAUCAGUAAUUUGGUAUUGCUGUUUUUGUUACUACUUGUGCUAUCUACACUGUAGUACACUAUAUGGUUUAACAGCAGUGGCUUCAAUCAGUGAUUUACUGUGAUUUCUAAAUCAAGCACGAUUGUGGAAUGUUUUUUUUUAUGUUGAACAUACAGAUCUUCAUGGACUUUACCUGUGUGCUUCCACAUUUACCAGGCUCUACACGGUAGAUUAUCAAGCAUAAUUACUGACUUCUAAUAGUUUACUGUUGUUGAUUAUAGGUUUAGUAAGUGAAGAUGUCAUCAGUACGAUUUAUACAGAAUAUAUUUAUUAAUGAUGUACAGUAUAUGUUGACUUCAUCUUGGUUUUCUUCUAAUGUACCUUAAGUGUCAGCUGAUUAUCUUCACCAUAUUCAACUUAAUGAAUGGGACCAUUUGAUAGUCUGUAAACGCUACAUGGUUGAACCUAAGAAGGGGAAACCACUGUCGAAUUUAGCACUGCCAGAAGACUGACUUACUGCCGUACCUGAUAGCACACUACUACCAUAUACUUCUCACACUUGAAAGGAAACUGAAGCUAUAGUAUUGUUGAACAAUCUGGCCCAAUAUUAAGGCAUCUCAGGUGUGUGUGUGUGGUGUGUGUGUAUGCCUGUGUGUUUGUAUGUACCCUAUACUAUCAGACUC